AUGGACAAUACCAAUCCAGCAGCACAGCAACAGGAACAACCAGCAACGCAUACAGUUGGCGCGACAGAUGACCCUAGCAACGACGAGGUUUCCACGGCAAUAUCCUGGCCCAUCAUUCUGGCAGUCGUUCCCACGCUAGGUGCCUUUUUUGCAGGCAGUGCAGAAGUAUGGAGCGACUUUGUUCUAAGUCUACUGACUCUUUACUACGUAUACAAAUGGAUGACAGUUCCAUGGUCAUACUUUGAAGGUGCACGUGCAAGACGUAUCAUCCAUCAAAAUGCCACUUCGCAUAGAACAACAGCAUCGCCAUUGUCCCUCGAUCCAAAACGUAUUCAAUUGGGGCAGGAGCUGCGGCACGAAGAACGCGUGGGAUUAUUUUGGGUUUUGCUGUCGCCGUUCAUUGUAGCCUAUUCGCUUCGGUUUACACGGUACUUUUUAACCAACCAUGAGCGCUACAUGGGCUAUUUCAAUCUCUUUAUUUUUGUGCUGGCUGCAAUGAUCAAACCAUCCGAAUAUGCAUUGUCGCUGCUGUGCGACCGGACCCAAGAACUGCAGACUUGCCUGGGACCCGAUGAGCGGAUCACAGAUGUGCUACACUCCAGGGUCGAUCGGAUGCACAAGGAAAUGAAUGACUUUUAUGGCGAGCUGAUCACCAAAAAGGACGUCAACGAGAUUGCUACUGAACUGGAUCCAGCAGUCAAAAAACUCGCCAAAGCAGCCAAGCGCGUAGAACGCAAAGAAGCCAAAUUCAAGGAAUGGUCUGAAGAACGUUUUUCUGCCAUUGAUGGAAAAGUCAAUGGUUUGGACCAGGUCAUUCUGUAUCGUAUCGAGCAAGACCAACUCCAAUCGUCCCAACGCACAUUGGUGGCACUCAUGUUUCUGCCUGUCAAUAUCGCGCUGUGGGCUGCCAAGGGAAUGAUAGGUUGGUUGCCGAUCCAAGUGCCCACACUCUCUUCCUCGGCUCUUCCUUCCCCAACCCUCUCCGCCUCCAUCGCUACACGUGGAGAAGAAGAAGAGGAUGAUGCUAUUUCAUUGCCACCACCACCGCCACCGCCACAACCAACACGUGCGUUCAAUAGAGCCUACUCUCAUCGUGAACGAGGUCCAGCCCUAUUCUAA